AUGGACACCGCUCCGCCCUCUACGACCACCACACCUUCUUCCUCUUCUCUCCCCUCCUUACAUCCAACACCCUCGAUCGAUAUCCCUCGGCCCGCGCCUUCGCCCCAACGAUCCGCUGGAAUGGCAACAAUGCCGCGCGCUGCCUCCCGCCCGUCGGCACCGCCUCAUCGCAAUCUUACGCCGCCGGCUGCGCUCACGCCGUUGGCGCCGCCCGAGCCACCUCUCGUCUCGCUUCGUUCGCCACCGCCCCUGCUGCCAUCCCGCCCGUUGACGCCCUCGCCGCCCAAGCCCAAGAAGCCACCACGCAAGCCAGUCGACCGGACGUCCCUCCACCGCUUCUCGCCCAACAAGAGCUUCGUGGACCAGUUCCCCUCUGCCCACACCCUUCCCUUCGACUGA